AUGUCAACAGAUACAUAGAGCUGUCGACAUGGAACUGUUGGUCUUUUUUAUUACAAAACGCUGCUUUUGGAUUUAAACUGUCUGGUUUGAGAAUGAGAGGCGUUAGCCGUAAAGUUUUGUUUCUGUCCAUUUUGCUGUUACUCGUAAAUGCAUGCGCGUCAGAGCGAGUUGAGAGAGAAAACUCGUUGGAUGUACGUGAGAGAGAUGACGGCGGAGCAGAUGUGAAACAGGAUACAGGUGAAAACCAGCAAACGUUAAUAAAACAUGGAAACGAUGAUGGACCCGAUUCAAACGUCCCGCAGAAGGAUGGACAGUCUGUCAGCAAGUCCAAUGACACUGACAACUACAGCAAUGAGACCCUUCACUCUACAACACCUGCUGUCAAGCCGACAACCCUGGCACCCCCAACCCCCAAGCCAAUUCUACCCGUGCAGACAGGGGUUAAGGCACAAGAAGAAGAGCAGUCCAGUGGGAUGACCAUAUUCUUCAGCCUACUGGUUAUUGGUAUCUGCAUCAUAUUGGUGCACUUGCUUAUCAAGUUCAAGCUGCAUUUUCUUCCAGAGAGUGUGGCUGUCGUGUCCCUUGGGAUUCUAAUGGGAGGCUUCAUCAAGAUUAUUGAGUUCCAGGAAUUAGCCAACUGGAAGGAGGAGGAAAUGUUCCGCCCCAACAUGUUCUUCCUUUUGCUGCUGCCGCCCAUCAUCUUUGAAUCUGGAUACUCUUUACAUAAGGGGAACUUCUUCCAGAACAUUGGCUCCAUUACCCUCUUUGCUGUGAUUGGCACAGCUAUCUCUGCCUUCAUAGUCGGGGGAGGUAUCUAUUUUCUUGGGCAGGCGGAUGUAAUCUAUAAGAUGACCAUGACUGAUAGCUUUGCCUUUGGCUCGCUGAUCUCAGCUGUGGACCCUGUAGCAACCAUAGCCAUCUUUAACGCCCUCAACGUGGACCCGGUCCUCAACAUGCUGGUGUUUGGUGAAAGUAUCCUCAAUGACGCUGUCUCCAUUGUCCUCACCAAUACAGCCGAAGGUUUCUUUUCCCGCUCAGACAACUCCAUGGUAACAGGCUGGGAGACUUUUUUGCAAGCGUUGGGUUAUUUUCUUAAAAUGUUUUUUGGAUCCGCUGCCCUGGGAACCCUCACUGGACUCAUCUCGUCUCUUUUUCUAAAGCACUUUGAUCUGAGGAAAACUCCUUCCCUGGAGUUUGGUAUGAUGAUUAUCUUUGCAUACCUACCCUAUGGCCUGGCAGAGGGCAUCAAACUGUCUGGAAUUAUGUCUAUCCUGUUUGCGGGAAUUGUGAUGUCCCACUACACCCAUCACAACUUGUCUCCUGUCACCCAGAUCCUCAUGCAGCAGACACUGCGCACAGUGGCCUUCAUGUGUGAGACGUGUGUGUUUGCCUUCCUUGGUCUCUCCAUCUUCAGCUUUCCUCACAACUUUGAAAUAUCCUUUGUCAUCUGGUGCAUAGUCCUGGUUCUUCUUGGCCGAGCAGUGAACAUCUUCCCUCUGUCAUUCCUGCUGAACUUUUUCAGAGACCACAAGAUCACACCCAAAAUGAUGUUCAUCAUGUGGUUUAGUGGUUUGAGAGGAGCUAUCCCCUAUGCUUUGAGCCUUCAUCUGGGCCUGGAGCCCAUUGAAAAACGGCAGCUAAUCGGCACCACCACCAUCAUCAUCGUACUCUUUACCAUCCUCCUCCUGGGGGGCGGGACCAUGCCUCUUAUCCGCAUCAUGGACAUUGAGGAUAGUCAGUCACGGCGUAAGAACAAGAAAGACAUCAAUCUCAGCAAGACAGAGAAAAUGGGUAAUACUAUUGAGUCGGAGCACCUAUCAGAACUGACAGAGGAGGAGUACGAGGCUCAGAUCUACCAGAGACAAGAUCUGAAGGGCUUUAUGUGGCUUGAUGCUAAGUACCUUAACCCCUUCUUCACUCGCAGGCUUACCCAAGAGGACCUAUUACACGGCCGGAUCCAGAUGAAGACCCUGACCAACAAGUGGUAUGAAGAAGUUCGCCAGGGACCUUCAGGCUCUGAGGAUGACGAUGAUGAAGCAGAACUGUGAACUGAACAAACACUUUCAGUUCAUAUGAAAACAAUGAGUGGGCAUUGUGUGUCCUGGGCAGAGGAAGUGUGUCUGUGUGUCUGUGUGACUGUAUGUUGAAGACAAGCACUGUUCUCAGUGUCAGUCACAUGCGCUUCUUGUUUGUUCACCUGCCACCAAGUUUAUGUGACAAGAGUUUCACUCAGUGCCCACUGUGGGCUUUGCAGCACACAAAGUGGGCUAGAAUAGAAAAUUUUAACACUGGAUGAAGCAAAGAAAAAAAAAUCUGUGAUAGAGUAUGUUCCUCAAAUGAAUGCCAUAUUGUUAAGCUAAGCUAAACAAACUGCUGGGAUAUCGGAAAAAUGUGAGCUCCUGUUCCCUGUUCAUUGAUUGGCUGAACAGCACACAGGAAGUUUUGUCGAUCCUGAGAAACUUUUUCCAGGUGUUUCCUUUAUAAAGGUUUAGGUCUGAAGGGAAAUCAACAGGUGAGGGAAAUUUUCGGUGUAAAACAAUACUAGAGCACCUUUUCACCUUUCCUCUUCACUUUUUGUAUUGUUCGUUUCUGUGUGGCACUAGAUUAUUUAAGUUCUGCUGGAGGUUGAACUUGUCAGGAGAGGGACACAACAUAAUGUUGAUAUGGGCUCAGUUUGAGUAAUAAGCCACAGGUUGCUGAUUUGAAUAGCUUCCUUUUGAACUAAAUUUAAUUCUCUUUGGGUCGCCACAUUUGUAUGCAUUAAUGACUGUGUUCAUUUAUUUAAAAGAACAUAUAUUCAUCCAUAUGUAGUGAAAAUAGAAUACGUGAUGCAUGAGCUACCACUUCACCCUCCAGCAACUUGGCAACAAAGAGAAAUGCAGGAGAGAGUUAAAACUAGUGAAAUGUGCUGGGUAAAACUAAUAAUUUUCAUAUCAUUAAACAUCUAGCUUACAGCAGAGUAAUAAUGAACGAUUAUGCAAAUUAAAAAAUUUCUCUCAUUUUCAGGUACGGUUCCAGUUUGGUUUCCCUAAAUUAACUUUUCUCUGUUUAUUUUCGUUCUCUGGCGAGGUUCCUGCCACUACACUGUGUAUAAAGUUGAACUUAAAAUGUUCCUUUUGUGAUUGUCACCAUGGAUUUCUAAUGAAGAUAGGCACCAAUGAAUGUGUGGGUAACUGGGAAUAUGGUCUUGUGAAUGUUGAUGUAUUCUUAUCUUUUUCUGUUUAUUUAUAAAACCUUUAUGUGCUGUUUGUGGGAUAAAAGCUUUUAUACAAGCUCUAUGAGCACCCCAGAAUUAUAAAAAAAUAUAAAUCUCUAUAAUAAAUCAUAUUGACAUCUUG